UUCCCAGUGGUUAUUUUUGGGAAAGCAUUUCUAAGAGCGCUCUGCUUAAGCUAACAAAACUGUUCCAAAUGGAACAUGACUAACGGUCUCUCAUGCUCCCGUGAGAACUCAGAAAUGUCGGUUGCUUUGCGUUUGUACUAGUAGGCGAUAAUAGGAACUGGAGUGAUAAUUUUUUAUCUGGGAUUAAACACGUUACUCUGGCACUGGACUUGAUUUACGGAACACGUUUUGCGAUUAAAGAGGUGGGAUUAUGGAGCCUGUGGUUAUUCUGGAGCAGAAUAACUUUACUCUGAGCGCGGUGCCUCUGGCACAUCCACUGUGUACAGAAUGGAAAAGAGACCCAGAAGGAUCAGUUUUUCAUCUCGCUAAUAUCCUCCUGGUACUGGGUUUCAUGGGUGGUAGUGGAUUUUAUGGAUUGAUCUACAUGUUUAGUUUGAUGUCGCUCGGUUUUUUGUGCUACUCCUUUUGGGCUUGGUCCAAUCCGUGCACCACGGACUCAUUUUCGUGGACUUUUGUCCUGUUUGUCAUUUCUGUUGCUCAAGUCAUCCAUGUCGCAUACCGCCUACGGAGUGUGACUUUUGAUAAGGACUUCCAGGAUCUCUACGGAUGCAUGUUCAAAAAGUUGGGAGUGUCUCUCAGUCACUUCGGGAAGAUCGUCUCUUGCUGUGAGCAGGAAAUCCAUACUAUCAUAAAAGACCACUACUUUGCAGUCGAGGGCAAAACUCCUAUCGAUAAACUGUCUGUUCUUCUCUCCGGGAGAAUCCGUGUUACAGUGAAUGGAGAAUUUCUACACUACAUAUACCCUUUCCAGUUCUUGGAUUCACCUGAAUGGGAUUCACUCAGACCGUCCGAGGAGGGAGUUUUCCAGGUAUCACUAAGAGCAGACGAUCGCUGCACAUAUGUCGCUUGGAGACGCAAGAAGUUAUAUCUGCUCUUUGCCAAACACCGAUAUAUCGCCAAGAUAUUUGCGCUGGUGGUGCGCAGUGACAUCGCCGAUAAGCUGUACUCUCUGAACGACAGAGCGCUGGACGCACACGGUUUCCGCUAUGAUCUGCGUUUACCCAGCUUCUGCCACACGCCUCAGGCACAGUUAGAAAAACCACACAACAGUUAAAAACCACGCUAUGACCCCGCUUUGGAAUGUCCUCCCACUUAUCAGAGGAAAUCUUAAAGAAAUCAGGUGGAAGUCCAUGAUGGAAAUGUAUUUCCUAAAGACUUGACCUUUGCACCUUUUAUAAUAAUAAUAAUAAUAAUAAUAAUAAUAAUAAUAAUAAUAAUAACAGUCCUGAUGUUGAAUGUUUAGUACAUAUCUCAUGCCUCAAAUUCAAGUCUGAUGCAUCCUUACUCUAUUAUUUGCAUAAAAUAAAAAAAAAGAAGUCUAAAUUGUCCAUUAUUAUGUCUUAGUAACUUUGAGUAUGUCUUUGAAUGUUCUCAGCUGAUAGUCUAGAAGACAUUUAGCUAAUGCUUUUGCAGAUCUAAAUUCCCGAAUAAAUGAGAUUUUGUAAUCACCUUUUGCUGCUCGUG